AUGGAAGAUGGACCGGUUGUCCAAACGAAGCAGGGGCAGCUUAAAGGACGGGUACAAACCGUCUCCGGAAAAACGGUUCAAGUUUAUUUUGGGAUUCCAUACGCGGAGCCGCCUAUUGAUCACCUUCGCUUCCGCAGACCACUACCUUCGAAGUCAUGGACCGGUACUUAUGAUGCCACCCAAAAGAGGUUUUCCUGUCCUCAAGAGUUCAACCCAGCGGUGGCCCAAAUUGAAACGGAUCUAUCCGAAGACUGCCUCUACCUGAACGUGUGGACAGCCAGUACUGUGAGACCGACGCGACCGGUCGUAGUAUGGAUUCACGGAGGAGCCUACGCCUUGGGCAGUUCUUACCAGAGCACGCACAACGGUUCUCUGCUGGCGGCAAUGCACGACUUAGUGGUUGUGACCAUCAAUUAUCGCCUCGGUAUGUUCGGUUUUCUCGACGCCGGAGUUCCUGACGCUCCUGGUAACGUAGGGCUCCUGGACCAAAGACUGGCUCUGCAGUGGGUACGAGAAAACAUCCACGCAUUUGGCGGAAACCCGACGAGGGUGACCAUCUUCGGCGAAAGCGCCGGCGCUUACAGCGUGCACGCUCACAUCAUAUCUCCUAUGAGCAGGGGCCUCUUCCACAGAGCGUUCAUGAUGAGCGGUACUUACGAUUCCGUCGGGCUGAUAGACACCUUGCUUGAGAGUGCAGAUCGAGGAAGCCAGGUGGCCGCGAGACUCAAUUGCACGGCACCGUUCCUUGACCUGAUUAGCCACCCGGACAUUGUAUUAGAAUGCUUACGCAGCAAGCCGAUGGAUACACUAUUCGCUGCUGUGAGGAACUUAACUGACCCUAAACUUGCUUCGUUCGUACCGACCUAUCCGAACGAGUUCUUUCCUGUUCGACCAGUUUUGGCACUGAGGCAGGGUCGGUUCGCGGACGUCGACGCCAUGGUUAGUGUCACGCGUUCGGAAGGCACCGUCAUGGUGGUGUCGCAGCCAGACAAACGUUUCUGGGACGAAGAUUUGAGCAAUGUUUCUGUGGAGGAACUAGAACCAGCUCUUCGAGAAAUGGCAAUCACGUGGAUGGGGGACAAGUACAUCGAUCUCGUGGGGUAUUACGCGGCACAGGCGGCACAGGAUAACAAAGAGGAGUUAAGGCGAAUGUACACUGAGUUUUUUGCUGACUCGAUCUUCGUGUGCCCCAUGAAAUAUUUUGCCCAGAAACAUUCGGGAAAGGGCAACUCGGUAUAUUCGUUUGUGUUCGGCCACAUGUCCCCCAAGUCGACCUUGCCGAUGUGGAGUGGCGUCCCCCACCUGGCGGACGUCCCAUAUUAUUUCGGGGUACCCCUUUGGGACUAUGACAGCUACUCAGACGAAGACCGGAACGCCAGUCAAGAAGUUAUGACAGCAUUGUCGUCAUUCGCAAGAUAUGGGUCACCGAUGCUUGACGGCGUCAACUGGACACAAUACACUCCCUGGGAUCCUGCCGUCUUGUGGCUUCAACCCGGGAAUUAUUCUACGCAGUACGACAUCGGCGACAAAAACUGCGACUUCUGGAAACAGUUUAUGGAGUAACGUGAUCCGAAUCGAUCACGUACUCUCCGGAGGGAACAAAUAAGUUCUCCGGGGGACUCUGACUCUCUGACCACGAGAAAAAUUCAAAAAUGACCUUUACCUCUAAAGCCCUCUAAUAAAUGACACGCAUUUUAAAGAAGUAGUCAC